AUGCGGCCUGUCAAUGGCUCGGCCGUCUUGGCAGCAUUGGCUUUUGCCUCUCUGUCUACAGCUUUGACAGAGAGCUAUUCCGGAGACUACCCUGACAAUUGUCCUGGGCUGUGCGAAAGGCUAGGCCCCGACCCUAGCAAAUGGACACAAUUGCAUCGCCUGGACGAGCUGUCCAGCUGCAACCAGAGCGUCAUCUUUGACCUCAACGUUCACAACUCGGUGGACGACCCCAACACUGUUCUCACUAUUCGCGCCUGUGUGUCCACUGGCAAUGAGAGCUACGAUGCUCACUCCAAGGUUCUUGCGAGGGAUGAUUCUACGUCACAAGACUCCUCAGUUCAAGAGUCUCUCGUAAUCUCGCAAGGAUGUGGAGCCAAGACAGUCACCUCGUCUCUCGCUCCAUCGGUCGGAGGCAAGCUCACCAUGAACUCAGGAAAGACUCCCAAGGCAGGUGAUAUUUCAGAUGCCACGCAACAACUGACGAGCUUUAUGAAAAAGGGUUCUCAGUGUGGAAGGACAAUAUUGUUCGCCAAGUCUGGUUCUGCCAUCGUCGGUAUGCACUCGGGAGCAGACGUUGCCAAAAGCUCGGCGCCCGGAUUGCUGGACGCAUUCAGCAAGCAAAUUGAGCAAGGCGGCUCGUCACUGCAGAUUUGCUCGUCAAAAGCCGCCCCGUCGACCUUUGGUGUCAUUGCGACUCAUUUUGAAGAUCUUGCGGCAGCUCAAGCCGCUGUCAAGAGCUGGAACGAUGGCGACUGUCUCGACGGCGCCAGUGCGGCCUCCACGAUGAGUGUCGACAUGCUUGUCUCUCUUGCAAGUGGAAACGCCACCGCCGAAUCAAACACCACGAUGAGCUCCAACAGCACCAUUGUUCGAAGAACCCUUGACGUGCUGCCAAGGGCGGAAUGCAAGACUGAGCAGUGCCGAGGUGUCGGCGAUGGCUGCCCCGCCAUUGCUGGCCGUUGUGGCAUUUCCGUCAAAGAUCUCCAGAAAUACAACGGCGGCGCUGAUGACUUCUGCAAUAAGCUCAUGCCCAAACAGCAUGUGUGCUGCGGCCCAGGCACUCUCCCCGAUUUCAAGCCCAAACCACAGCCGGACGGAACAUGCUUCACUUACAAGAUCAACCCUGGUGACACCUGCUACGCCAUUGCAGACGGCAACUAUCUCAAGCAAGACGAUAUCGACGGUUUCAACAAGAAAACCUGGGGCUGGGUUGGCUGCGGCAAUCUUCAGCUCGGUCAGCUUAUUUGCCUAAGCAGUGGCGACCCGCCCAUGCCUGCGCCCGUCGAAGGCAAUGCAUGCGGUCCCCAGGUGCCCGGAACCAAGAAGCCACCAAAGGGCACCGACUUGUCCGACUUGAAUCCAUGCCCGCUAAACGCGUGCUGCGAUGUAUGGGGCUUCUGCGGCACUACUGAUGACUUCUGCACGAAGACUCCAGCUGAUACCGGCGCCCCUGGCACCGCGAAGCCCAACACCAAUGGCUGCAUAUCCAACUGCGGUAGAAAACUCGUCAACAACGACAAGGCCCCUGCUUCUUACAUGAAAGUUGGUUAUUACGAGGCCUUUGGUAUGAAACGCGACUGCAUGAACAUGGAGGUUACCAGUAUCGACGGAGACGAAUACUCACACAUCCACUUUGCCUUUGCGACCGUCACGACGUCCUGGGGUGUCGACAUCUCUGACUCCAAGGAGCAAUUCGACAAGUUUGUCAAAAUAGAUGGCAAGUUCAAAAAGAUUCUGUCGUUUGGCGGAUGGGACUUUUCGACGAAACCCGAGACUUAUCAACGCUUCCGAGAUGCCACGAAGCCUGAGAACCGAGGCCCAUUUAUUGACAACCUGAUCAGCUUUUUGGGCAAGAAUGCUAUUGAUGGUCUUGACUUUGACUGGGAGUAUCCUGGAGCCCCAGACAUCCCCGACGUGCCGCCUGGUGGAAGUGACGAGGGCAAAAACUACCUAGAGUUUCUGAAAGCCCUCAAGGCCAAGAUGCCGAGCGGCAAGUCUGUUUCCAUUGCACUGCCGGCGUCUUACUGGUACUUGAAGCAAUACCCUGUCGACAAGAUGGGAGACGUUGUCGACUACUUCAUCUACAUGACGUAUGAUUUGCACGGACAGUGGGACGUCGGCAACAAGCACGCUAUUCCCGGCUGCGAGGGUGGGAAUUGUCUUCGGUCGCACAUCAACAAAACCGAAACAAUGGAUUCGCUCAUAAUGAUCACCAAGGCUGGUGUAGAAGCGCGCAAAGUGGUCGUGGGAGUAAGCAGCUAUGGCAGAAGUUUCCGCAUGCAGGAUCCCUCGUGCUCAGGCCCCAUGUGCAAGUACACGGGGACGCGGAACCAAUCGGAGGCAUACAAGGGAGAAUGCACACAAACAUCGGGCUACAUUUCCAACGCAGAAAUGAACGAGAUCAUCGAGUAUGGUGGAUAUUCUACCGUCAAGUCCUCUUACGACAAAGCCUCCGACUCCAACAUUCUGAUGUACGGAGACGGCAAAGCGGUUGACUGGGUGGCGUACAUGGACGACGACGUCAAAAAGUCGCGCCAGGACUGGCUCAAAGGUCUCAAUUUUGCCGGCACCUCGGACUGGGCGGUCGAUCUCAAUGAGUACACCAUCGACGUUGGCAGCGAUUCGGGCUUCAAAGACUUUGCUCUCAGUGAUCUGGACGACAUUGAAUGCAGCGGGGACUUGAACCCGGGCAACAUGGGAGAUCUUGUGGACAAGGCCGACAAGCUUCCUGCGCGCUGCACCGCCAUGUUUGCACUCGAUAUUCUGUACGGCACGUUGGAAGAUGCCCUCCAGCUGUUCGACGUCAACUCGAAUGGCUAUGACGACAAGUUUGGCUAUUACGAGGAGUGGGUCAAGGAAGGCAUCAACAGCAAGCUGGAUACAUUCAUGGACUUUCGAAAGGACAUCAAAGACGCCAAGGGAGUCAAGUAUUGCGACUGCAAGUACGAGUACGGCAAUCAGAAGGGCCAGUCAUCGUGUGCCGGCAUGCCACACUUCUGGGACGCCAACUACUACUCGUACACGGUCGAGUACAUCAUCAAAGACGAAAAGGGCUUCUACGACGCCCUGUCAACCGAGACGGGCAUCGACAAGGACUGGAUCAGCUGGGAAACAACGACAGAUCGGUCUUUCUGUGCGGAUCCUGGCGACGUGCCGCUUCGACCCGGUGGCGGCGGCGUCAGCCCGCCCUGCCGACACCUCACCCACACGCUCGUCAACUACCCGCGCAAGGGCCCCGACUCCAAGAUCAAGGUCGGCAACCCCAAGAAGAUGAUUGAGGCAUCGAUGCCCAACAUCACGGCGCUGCAGGACUCGCUGCUGUCCAGCUACGCGUCCCUGUCGUUUGGCGUCUACGGCGACGACGCGGCCAACGCGUCCGACACGGACCCGGUCGUCGCGUACGCCAUGCCCGUGUUCCAGCUGCAGACAGCCAUUGAGAGCAUGAAGGACAUCAAGGACAUUGGCGAAAAGGCGCGCGAGGAGAAGAAGAAGAAGCUCAUCAUGACCAUUCUCACGUUUGUCUUCAUGGCCAUUCCCUUUGUCGGCGAGGCGCUGGGGCCCAUCAUCGGCAGCGCGGCGGCGAUUGCGCGCAUCGCACUCAUCAUUUCGGAGGUGGGCAACGCGGCCCUCACCGUGGCGGACAUUGUAGAAGAUCCGGCCUCGGCGCCCUUUGCCAUCCUGGGGCUGAUUGCUGGCGUGGGCGGCGGCACGAGCAAGGUGACCAAGGAGGAGGCGCUGGAAAAGGCGUCGUCGGCAAGGGGACUGAUGAAGGCGGAUGACCUGGCCAAGUUUCCGGCCAGGUUUAAGGAGCUGGAUGGGUUUGUGCAGAAGAUUGUGCAAAAGGCAAAGUCGCCGUCGUGCAGUAUUAAAUAG